GGAUCCUUGCGCCCGUCCGUAGUCAAGUUGCCGGUGGAAUUGGCCCACGAUGACAGCUGGAGAAUGGAGUCAGUUUUAUCCAAGUAUGAAAACCAGAUUACUAUUUUCACUGACUACCUAGAAGAAUAUUCAGAUACAGAUGAGCUGGUAUGGAUCUUGGGGAAGCAGCAUCUCCUUAAAACGGAUUGAGAAAGAUUUUUAACUUGAAACUGCUAAUGACCCAGCACCCCAGAAAGAGGCAGUUCUGAGAUUUGGAUCUUUUUGAGGAGAGAUCCUCUUGAGAGGCCCUUAGCAUGGAGUCAGGAACAGGAAGAAGCUGAUCAAAAGGCAAGAAAGGAUGUUAGGCAUUGUCUGGCUCCUCCCCAGUUUGGUUUCAUUAUUUUGAUUGGAGAAUUGUGACUAGUGGAGAGAGCCUAGGAGCCAGCAAUUAGGAGACCUUUUGAAUUCAGACUCUUCUCCUAACUCAGAAAAAUCUAAGCUGUUGUCUGAUAUAAGUGCUCGUCUAUGGUUUACAUACAGAAGGAAAUUUUCACCAAUUGGGGGAACGGGCCCUUCAUCGGAUGCUGGCUGGGGAUGUAUGCUACGCUGUGGACAGAUGAUGCUGGCUCAAGCCCUUAUCUGUAGACAUUUGGGAAGGGACUGGAACUGGGAGAAACAAAAAGAACAACCCAAAGAAUACCAGCGGAUCCUACAAUGCUUCUUAGAUAGAAAAGAUUGUUGCUACUCUAUCCAUCAAAUGGCACAAAUGGGUGUAGGAGAAGGGAAAUCAAUUGGCGAAUGGUUUGGACCAAAUACAGUUGCACAGGUGUUAAAAAAACUUGCUUUAUUUGACGAAUGGAAUUCCUUGGCUGUUUAUGUUUCAAUGGAUAACACAGUGGUCAUUGAAGAUAUCAAAAAAAUGUGCUGUAUCCUUCCCUUGAGUACAGACACAGCUGGUGAGAGCCCCCCCGAUUCUCUGAGUGCUUCGAACCAGAGUGAGGGCACCUCUGCCUACUGCCCAGCCUGGAAACCCCUGCUUCUCAUUGUACCCCUUCGCCUGGGCAUAAACCAAAUCAAUCCUGUCUAUGUUGACGCCUUCAAAGAGUGUUUUAAGAUGCCACAGUCUUUAGGGGCAUUAGGAGGAAAACCAAAUAACGCCUAUUAUUUCAUAGGAUUCUUAGGCAAUGAGCUCAUCUUCUUGGACCCUCACACAACCCAGACCUUUGUCGACACUGAAGAGAAUGGAACAGUUGAUGACCAGACUUUCCAUUGCCUGCAGCCCCCACAGCGAAUGAACAUCCUGAACUUGGAUCCUUCCGUAGCAUUGGGAUUUUUCUGCAAAGAAGAAAAAGACUUUGAUAACUGGUGUAGCCUUGUUCAGAAGGAAAUUCUAAAGGAGAAUUUAAGGAUGUUUGAAUUAGUUCAGAAGCAUCCAUCGCACUGGCCUCCCUUUGUACCUCCAACCAAGCCAGAAGUGACAACCACUGGGGCAGAAUUCAUUGACUCUACCGAACAACUGGAGGAGUUUGACCUGGAGGAAGAUUUUGAGAUUCUGAGUGUAUAGAAUACCAGGAACUCAACCUGGAGGUCUGUCUUCCAUCUGGCACCAUAAGAACAUGAACUUCUUACAUAAAACUUUUCUAGUCAGCAAGUGCCUGAUAUGCCAACAGCAUACAAACUCAACAGCAAUCAUGACUGAGCCAAUCACCAUUUCUCAGAAAAAAAACAAAACACACAGCAACAACCCUUUCCCAGAAUGAAAUAAAACAAUCAUGGAGCCUAGGAGCAGAAAGAUUAGGAGCAGUCCGUUGCUUCCUGGCGGCUACGGCAAGUUUUCAGCUGCUGGAAUGAGCUGGACAUCUGGAAGACAGCAACUCCCAUCUUGCUUCAAGCGCCAGCAGAUGAGAGAUGGUUACGCUGCGCUUCUGCACCCUUUCAGGUGUGACCCCUUGUAGGCUAAAUACUAAGCAGCAGUCUGUUCUCUUGCUCAAAGAAUAAAGUGACUGAAUCAGGGAGGAAAAAGUUCUUGUUAAAUUAUUUGAAUAUGUAUUUUAAAAUAAUUAUAAUUUAUAUCAAAGCAUUUGUCAAAGAAAUGAUGUAAAAUGUACACUUCUUGAUCUCCUUCCUAUUUGGGGGAAACUUACUAUUUGAUGGGUCACUGUCCCCAUUCUUACUGAUACUUUUGUCAGAUGUCACCCUGUCCUUAAAUCAAAUCAUGAUCGCUUGAAUCAGGGGUCAGCAGACUUUUUCUGUAAAGGGCCAGAUAGUAAAUAUUUUAGGCUUUGCAGGCCACGCGGCCUCUGUCACAACUACUCAACUCUGCUGUUGAAGCGCCAAAGCAGCCAUAGACAAUAUGCACGCAAAUGAGCAUGGCUGUAAUCCAAUAAAACUUUAUUUACAAAAACAGGUGGAAGGCUGGAUUUGGCCUGCAGGCUGUAGCUUGCCGAUCACUGACUUAAAUUGUUGAUUUUUGUUUGAGAAAUUAAAAAUAAAUUGUGUUUGAAUUAUA